GAUCAAAGCUAAAGGGAAGAUAAAGUGGAACGUUUGAUUGAAUUCUCUCUCGAUCCAGAGCUUGCUUUAAGUUAACGAGACUUGCAUACCUUUCAUCCUUAAUUGGCUCAUAAAGCAAGUUUCAGCACUCGAAACCCAUAUGGAUCGGAGGCUUCAUAGUUUAUGUGCUUUCUCAGCUGCUUUGCUAGUGCAAGAUGCAUCCAUGUUGCUUGGAUCAGUCGCCGGGUGAAUACCCACUGUUGGGAAGUAGGAUAUGACAAGUCUCUUCCCAAGCCAUCAUUGUAAUUGGUCUCAGAGGAUCCCAGAGUUUUCUUUCAAAGGAAAAUGCAAGAAGGUUCCACGUUUAGGAUAUUCCGGCACAUAUUUUUCCCCAGAUGGAAGCAUGUUUUUCCUUGCUCAACAGCCUUCAAUAGAACCCAGUCCAUGCUCAAGAAGACAUGGGCCAGUCUAUUCCAGUUCAGUGGGUGACGGGAUGGACUCAGAGAAUUCUGAAGAUGAGCCUAACGAUGAGAGUUCUACUAAUGAUGACAAAGGAGAGGUAAGUGAUGAAUCGCUUAGAGAGAAGCUUGAAAGGAUUGUUGGCAUGGAUGAUUCCGCCUUUAGUGGCAUAGAUCUUGCCACUCUUAUUAGAAACAAAUAUGGGAGGUCAUAUGACCUUCAGCUUAUAAAGAAGGAAUUUUUGGGAAGAAAUCUUCUGGCGCUCAAUGUCAUGUGGAAGUACCUUGAACAGAGAUCCUUUCCGCUAACUGAAGAGGAGUAUUUACUGAGGCUCGAUGAUGUGGCGAACACAUUAAAAUGCUGGGGAGCUGUCUCACAUGUUAGAAACAGCCUAGCAAAGUCAAAAGAGCGUCCGAGAAUAGGAAAGGCAGUUAGCAUUUUCAUAGAUAUGGACGAGUCUGGUGGCCGUGCCAGGGAAUGGAUAUACAAGUAGAUUGUGAUGGAGUAGUGCAAUCAGUCGGAGGGAAGAGAAAAUAGAUUGUGAUGUUGAAGUGAGCAAUUUUCACCAUGUUCAAUGUGCACCGACAUAUAGGAAGACGCAAGGCCUUUCAACGUGGAGCAGGGCAUGCUCUUUUCUUGUUUCGAUGUGCAUAAUGCUCUGUUCAGGUGGUAUUUCUGUAGGCAGUCCCUCAUGAGCGAAAAUGGCUUUCAAUUGUCCUCUCUCUCUCUCUCUCUCUCAUAUGCACAUGGAUUCUUUUGUUCACUUGUUGUAAAUGCACAUACAUACCUGACGCCAUAUGUCGAAUGAAAUCAAUAUAAUCCCGAAACUUCUUUUGGAUUGUAGCUA